AUGUCGCAUUCAAACACUAGUCCAUCGUCAGAACCGCGCGAACGUUAUUCAUGGAUAUCGCUUCCUGAGAGCGAUACCUUAAGCGGCAUCACGCAGCAUGAACACGCCGAACAGGGCGACGGCGUCGACCGCACUCGCAGGCCUGAAACCCGAGCUCAAGAGCAACGCGAACACACCGAUUCGUCUCCUCAUGCUGCUCAGGAAAACGAGACGCUUCUCUCCAGCCGAGCAUCUACCGCACUCAGUGGAGCAAUCGAUGACCACUCGCUGGAUGAGCCGCAAACAAGGAACUUCGAUGAUACCCAUGAGCGUGAGUGCAACGCCGAGUACCCCAAGUUACUAUGUCCGACAUCUUCUGACGAGCUUAAAGCAAAGUUUCAAGAUCAAAGCCUGCGGACAUCCACAGAUUGGGUGCCAUACACGCUGCGGCGCCCAUACCUGAUCACUCUUAGCCUAGCAUCACUCAUACUCUCGACCGUAUUAGCAGCCCUUAGCUGGCACUCUUAUAAAAACCAUGGACUCGGAGAUGAGGAUGGGUCUACUGGACUACUCAUUGGAUGGAGAUAUACGCCUACUAUCGUCGCCAUUUUCUUCACGCAGGCUGUUGUACAGGUUGCAGAGGAUGUAAAGAGGACUGAAGCAUACGCACGCAUGGCCGGCCCCGAAUCUAUCGAAGCCAAGUUCACCCUAUUCUAUCUGCCCAAGGUCUGGUGGAAAAGCAUCUUUGUAGGUUUCUCUCGAAAGCGGAGCGGCGGCCACCGGAGAUGGAAUCUGGCCUUGUCUUCGCUCGCAGCUGGUAUCAGUGUGCUCAGCAUUUCAACCUUCUCGUCGUCCGUAUUCGUUGCGAAAGAAAUCUUGUAUGAGGAGGAUGUGCAGCUUCAACGGUAUGCCGCUGGCCAGACAAUUGGCGAAGACUUGUCACCCAUUCAGCUUUCACCUCGAAGGGAUACGUAUCUCCGAACUAUAAGUGGAUAUCUCUUCAACGUAUCUACAUCUAUCUGGUCGUCGAAUUCGCAAGUCAUUGUACCUUUUGGAGCAUCAAAUGGCGACAAGCGCCAUGCAACGCUUCCGAACGGUAUAUGGCAAGCAGAUACUGAGGUGUUCCAUCUAAACUACAGUUGCACAUCGAUGGCUCUGGUCGAGAAGGACAUAAUCGAUAUUACCUACAAGUAUACAGACAUCCCGAUAACGUCAUGUCCAAACGACACAUGUACUGUCUCCUCAAAGGGUUUCAAAGUUCGAUCAGAGGAUGGUUGUGAGGUCCAAAUCCAAGGUCCAAUCGCUCAAUGGGAUGCUUUGGGAGCCGAGUUGAACUCCGAUGGCUUCAUUAGCGAUACCUUUACAGAUGAUGGUGGCUUGCUCUGGACCAACAUGUCUUCCAAUUACGUGUCGUGGGAGACACUUAUUCGAGAUUACGGUCAGCCUCCAGCAAUUCGCUCCAUUGGAGAGAAGGUCCUCGAGCAAUGGUCUCGCACGUUCAUUUAUGGUUUCUCCGAUCAAUGCAUUGGGCGUGACCUGCUACUUGUAUCGCCUCAAUGGAUUGUCCGGCCGUCACCUGUCGAUGUGCCCGUGGGUGUAUGGGAGAAAGAAUCAUGGGACAACCUCACGAUACGGGCACAAGUAUGCACUCCGGAAUAUCAUACAGCUAGCCUCCCAGUCUCUGCAUCCAUCGACGGCGCUGAAACUUCCAUGUCCUUCGAUGUAUCAGAGUUUGAGCGACGCAGGCAGCCUGUGUCGAAACAAGCCAUCGAUUUCGACUUAUUGGAUGAUCUCACUUUUCGCAGUGACAGUUGGGACAAGGAAAAGACCACUCAACCUCCAUUCAGAUCCUACCACCGUUGCUGGAACAUCAUCCCUCCUUGGCAGUACUUCGCUUUCUUCUACCACGUUCAGUACAUUCCUUGGAUAUGA